GCCGUCGUCUGCAUCUCGCCUCCCUUCCGACUCUCUUCCUUCCAUAUACGCUGCGCUCGAGCUCGGGAGACCUUCACGAUGGCCACCGAUGAGACCACUGAUCCGAGACCGGUGGCGAAGUCGAAGAAGGCGAAGGCCCCCAAGGAGGCCAGGGCCAAGAAGGCUGCCGCCCCCAGGAAGCCUUCCGCCCAUCCUCCCUACGCCGAGAUGAUCAAGGAGGCGAUCACAACGCUCAAGGAGAGAACCGGGUCGAGCCCGUACGCCAUCGGGAAGUUCAUCGAGGACAAGCACAAGGCUCACCUCCCGUCCAACUUUCGAAAGAUCCUCUUCCUCCAGCUGAAGAAGCUCGCCGCCGCCGGGAAGCUCACCAAGGUGAAGAGCUCCUACAAGCUCUCUACCAUCGUGCAUGCCGCGCCGGCUGAGCCCAAGUCUGCGGCGGGCCCCAAGAAACCAGCCGCCGUACAGACGAAGCUUAAGGCUAAGGCGAAGCCUGCCGCUGCCGCUUCGAAAACCAAGGCCAAGAUCGCUACCACUGCGAAGGCUAAAUCCAAGCAUGUAGCAUCUACGGUCAAGCCCAAACCGAAGGCGGCCGCGGCGAAGCCGAGGGUGGCCCCGAAGCGCAAGUCCCCGGUGAAGCCUAAGCCCAAGCCCAAGCCUAGGCCGACCAGGGCCGCGAAGACCACCGCGAAGGAGUCCCCGGGGAAGAAGGCAGCAAAGAGAACGUCGAGUCGGUCGGCGCCCACGAAGAAGCCGAAGCCAGCGGUGAAGAAAGCGGCGGCGGCGGCCAAAAAGGCAAAAAAGUAGAAAAAUUCUCUUUGUAUGAGAAAAUAUCUCUGUGUUUGUUAAUAUUAAUAUUAAUAUAUAUUUUUUUCCUCGCUUUACGCUACU